AUGAAGAUGAUGCUGCUUCCUCUGCUACUCUUUUUCUCUGCACUGCCUGCUCUUAUAGCAGAAUCUUCUAAUUAUUCUGAUCGUGAAGCUCUGAUUGGUUUCAAGGCUGCUCUCUCUUUCGAUCCGUGCAAUUCUUUGCUCGAUUGGUCUCUCGAUCACAUCUUUUGCAAUUGGACUGGUGUUACCUGCUCUCCUCCUCCCCAGCGCAUGGUUUCCUUGAAUCUCAUAGGUAUGGGAUUACUUGGCCCCAUCUCUCCAUUACUGGGAAAUCUUUCUUUCCUUAGAGUACUUGAUCUCUAUAAUAACAGCUUCCACGGCCAUAUUCCAUACCAAAUUGGAAAUCUUUUUCGCUUGACAACGCUUCAGUUGUCCCGUAACAAUUUGGAAGGUCCCAUUCCAUCAUCACUAGGAGGCUGUCGCUCUUUACAGUAUAUGUGGUUGUCUCGUAACAAUUUAAGUGGAAGCAUUCCCUCUGAAUUUAGUAUUCUUUCAAAUUUAGAUACCAUGUCAAUGGCAUUAAACCAAUUGACAGGCCUUCUCCCACCUUUCAUAGGCAACAUAACCUCCUUAACUACAAUAGAGCUGGCCGAAAAUAGAUUCGAAGGCAGCAUUCCUGUUGAAUUGGGUAUGCUUAGUCAGCUAAACUGGCUUAAUGUUCACACCAAUAAUCUAACAGGGUCAAUUCCUAUUGCCCUUUCCAAUUGUACUCGUCUCCAAAUGUUGCAAUUAUAUCAGAACAACUUAAUUGGCCCAAUUCCCUGGGAAUUCGGCAGGCUAUCAGAGUUGCAAGACGUGUAUUUGUGGGGAAAUCAACUCACUGGAGAAAUACCCACUUCACUGGGUAAUUGGACUCACCUCCAAGUGAUUUAUCUGGAGCGCAACAAACUGAGCGGCGCAGUGCCCCUGGUAUUUGGUAAAAUGAAGCAGCUGAAACGGUUUAUUCUGUGGCAGAACCAUUUUGUGAGUGGAAGCAGUGAUUUGCCUAUUUUAACAGCGUUGACUAAUUGCUCCAGCUUGGAACAACUUGAUUUGGGUUUAAAUUAUCUCACUGGUGUCUUGCCCAAUUCAGUUGGCCGCCUGUCCAAUUCACUCUCCUUUCUUGCAUUGAACUCAAAUGAAAUUGGGGGAAACAUACCAGAUGAGAUUGGUAACCUCACAAACUUGGCAACAGUAACCCUGGAAGCAAACCGCUUUAAUGGGACCAUUCCAUCUACCCUCAGUAAACUAUCAAAUCUGGAGAGGAUAUUUCUGGACAAAAACAAGUUAGAAGGAAGAAUUCUAGAAAGUUUUGGCCAUUUAAGAAGGCUUGGAUUGUUGUCAAUUAGUGAAAACAUUCUUUCAGGGUCAAUUCCAGAGAGUCUUGGCGACCUCCCACAAUUACGAGAGCUUGAUCUUCAUCGCAACCGUCAGGGGAAAUACCUGCUAGUUUAG